AAAUCACCUGGAUGUGGAGCGGAGCAGGAGAGAAGAACUCCACCCAUCACAGGAAACAUCACAGCCAAUCAGGGACGAACCUCAACUCUGACCUUUAAUCCUUCAGCUGAACACCACAGCCCAGAGGUCACCUGUAAGGUCCGUUUUAAAGGGCCUGUGACUACAAAGGAGACAGUGACUCUGAAUGUGACCUAUGUGAAGGAUUUGAAAAUCAGUGGAAAUACAGCUGUGAGGAUGGGUGAUGCUUUGAAUCUAACUUGUAGUGUCGAUAGUUUCCCUGCAUCUGAUAUCACAUGGACUAAAUCUGGCUCUGACAAAAUCCUGCCUGCAGUGCAAAAACACAGUGGAUCAGUCUCUCUUAUCAUUCAAGAUGUGACAGUAAAUGAUUUUGGACAGUACAACUGUACAGCAAAACAUCUGGGCAACACCCUGGUGGAAAAGGUUGAUGUAACAUUAUAUGUGGAGAAACCUGUAAUCACUGGAAUGACAACUGUUCAGGAGGGCGAUGCUCUACAUCUGACCUGCAGUGUUGACAGUUCCCAUCCAUCUGAUAUUACAUGGACUAAACUUGGUUCCAACAAAAACCUGCAAAAAGAAACCAAAGUCAUCCUGCACAAAGAUGCUGGAAUAGCCUCUCUCUUCAUCUCUAAUGUCACAGCAGAACAUUCUGGACAGUACAUCUGUACAGCAAAACAUGAGAUCAUAAAUGUGACCGUACAAUCUGAAGUAACUGUGACCUAUCAUCAUGGACUGAGUGUGGCUCCUUUCUUGACUGUUGCUGUUAUAUCUCUCAUUGUGAAUGUUGCCUUCAUAAUCUACUUUGUGUUCCUUUGUAACUCAAGGAAGAAGGUGAAACCAAAUGAAGAGGACAGAACUUACAUGUCACUGCAGAAAACAGACACAUCACCAGUGUACGAUGUUAUUGGGCAGCCUCUGAACUGAUAAAUGUGUCUUUAUAGAGCAGCUGUGACUCGGGAGGUAGAGCGGUUCACCCACCAACCAGAAGGCCAGUGGUUCGAUCCCCGGCUCCUCCAGUCUCUUUACUGAAGUAUUGUUGGGCAACAUACUGAAACCCAAUUACCUCUGAUGUAUCAUCAAUGUGUGUGCGCGCGCGUGUGUGUGUGUGUUAGAGCACUUCAUAUGUAUAGAGGAAGUGCUGAGUGAAUGUCAGGUGUACUGUAAAGCGCUUUAAGUGGUCAGUACUAGAAAAGCACUAUAUAAGUGCAGUCUGUUAUCAUUCAGCUCCACCCUUUAAAUUAACAUUCAACAUAACAUUUUCAUAUUUUUUCCAUCUUAACUGUAUUACUGAUAAAUGCUUUGGUAAUUAAUAGACAAUUUACAGAAAUAAUAUUGUUCUGUUUUAUUUUAAAGUAAAGUCAAUGCUCACUGAA